AUGUCGAAAUCAAACGAUCUCCCUGAUAUCCACCGCUACAUCACCACACACGACCCGGACGGCCAGGCCAUCUUCCUCUCCCACUCGCAGAUCCCGGACUACAUCCCCUCCAAACCUGCGGGGGAAGACGGCGACAUCGCACUGCUAUACACGACAAUAUCGCACCCAGUCUCGAUCGACGACGAGGCCGACGUGGCCAUCUACGAUGACUUCCUGCACACGCCCCCGGGCCUGACCAUCCAGCAGGGCACGGUGCUCCGGCUGAUCGACCUGCGCCCGGGCAAGGUAACUCCGAUGCACCGCACGGUCAGCCUCGACUACGGCGUUGUCCUCGAGGGCGAGGUCGAUCUCAUCCUCGACUCGGGUCAGAGCCGGCGUCUGCGCCGUGGAGAUGUCUCCAUCCAGCGCGGGACGGCGCAUUCGUUUCGAAACCGGAGCGAGGUCGACUGGGCGCGCCUCUUGUUUGUGUUUUUGCCCAUGGACCAGCUUGUCAUCAAGGAGAAAGCGAUGGCUGAGGAGGUGUAUCAGGAAGAAGAACAGACAUGA